AUGUCGUGUGACCUCAUCGGCCUCCUCAUCAAAGAGCUAAAGGUCGGAAAGGAGGCUUCAUCAGGAACAUGUGUCAGGAAUAUUUUGACAGCAGGCGGAGGAUUUUUGUGUCACGCAGAGAGUAAAACCAUCCACACUUAAUGAGAUAGAGGGAACACAAACUGUUAGUGCCCUUAAUGCGCCAGUACUGUAAAUUAAUUGACAUGCUAAGCCAUUAAUACAGCCAUGGUGGCUAUUACUGGCUAAUGUUGGAACCUCUAAGAAUUGAGUGACUACCUGGCUUAUACGUUCAAAGGUGGGGUCUUUUUGUUCUCUAAGCUUUGAUCUGAGGUAAGAUGAUGACGAAGAAACUGAAGUAAGAGGUAAUGGUGUUCUUGGAAUGUGGCACUGGUGGGUACUGGCUGGGUAAGCAGACAUAGCUCUCUUCCUCCUCUCCUCCUGUUUUUCUCUCUGCUGCCCCACACAAAGCUGAGGGCCUGUGAGUCACUUCCAUGCACCGUGUAAGGGGAAGGAGAGGGGGAAGGCAAAUUAAACAGGAUUUCUCCCUCUCCCUUUCUCCCUCUCCCUCUCCCUCUCUCAGAGUUUAGGUUAUCAAAGGGAACCAGAUGAGGGGUGCUUCUCUCUUUUCACCCCGCUGCGACUGAAAAAUGUUACCUUUACCCGGAGAUAUCUGUGUACACUACUUGCAAAGUCAAAUAAAUAGAUCCAGGGUGCAGGUUUACGUGUGUGUCUGUGUGACUGCCCGUAAAGCAUCAGCGCCUGUCAUCUUCAAUCACUGUUCUCUGUCCCUGAUCAGGCCUCCCUCUCUCUCUUCUGUGUGUGUGUGUGUGUGUGUGUGUGUGUGUGUGUGUGUGUGUGUGUGUGUGUGUGUGUGUGUGUGUGUGUGUGUGUGUGUGUGUGUGUGUGUGUGUGUGUGUGUGUGUGUGUGUGUGUGUGUGUGUGUAGGGCUGGAUCCUGAGAAACACUUGGGGAAACCUCUGGCUGACAUGGAGCCCUAUCUAACUCAGGUCAGAGCAUUACCUCACCAGGCUGGAUCUGGCUUUGUUAUAUAAUUAUGUCACCCUGAAUGAACUCACUAAAGAGUGGCCUGCUUUCAAACUGUUACUGCUUUCUUAGCAUCAUUGAGUUUAAUCUGAAGACUCGAUAUAUGACCAACAGUAAUGUUUUGGCUAGUGUUUCAAACAUAUAGAUUUAGAGUAAAGUGAUUGCUUUUAGGCUGGAUCUUAAAAUGAAAUGAUUAUGAACAUAUUGUUUUUGUUGGACAGCUUUCUGAGAAGUAUGGAGUCCAUGUCUGUGGAGAAGGGGGCGAAUACGAGACAUUUACUCUCGAUUGUCCUCUGUUCAAGAAGAGACUUGUUAUGUAAGUCCAGCAUUGAAAGUUGUAUCUUUCUUGAAAUGAAUGUACAGACAAGAAAGUAUAUACUUAUAAAAGUGUUUUCAUUUUUCUGCAGUGAUACUAUGGAGACAGUGAUCCACUCUGCAGAUGCCUUUGCUCCGGUUGGCUACCUGCACUUCAGCAAGAUGCACACAGAGGACAAAGAGAAUGUAAGUCUUACUUUUUGCAGAGUUAGGCUAUUUUUGUGUCAGCGUUUAGUGGUUUCAGUUCAAGUUGUAAAUGCAAUUCAGGAUGUUAACUAAAUAAAUUAGUCUUGCACACCAUUGAUACAGAAGUCACUCAGUACACAGAAUAAACAGAAUUGAACAGUCUCUAAUAGUUGCUUUUUUGAUGCGUGAUAAGUUUGCCUCCAGAGGGUCUCCCUCCCAUCUCUCCAUCCCUCGCUCCUCUAGUCCCACAUGGCCUACUUUGACGUCUGCAAUAUUCACUCCUGCCUGAAACUAGGCCUGGCUUAAUAAACAUGUCUGCUUAAAUUAUGGCUUUUAAGAUUCAGGUAGCUGGCUAAGCGGACACAGUGGGGGGAUGGGGAGGAGUAAAGAGGGGUGGAGGUGAGUAAAGGGAAGGGGUGGGGGGUUCUGGAGACAUAGGGAUGAUGCCCUGGCUCCUAGUGUGAGAGAGAUUAUCUGGAUCCCACAGUUGACUGUAUGUACCCAAGCAACACAUUGGAUUGACUCAUGUCACUUUUCCCAUUGCAACAUGUUCUCGUUGGUUUCCUCCUGGCUGCCUCUGGUCUGGUAGGGUAGAUGAGAACUAAGACGUCUAUGUAUCUGUAGAUUUGGCCAACUUAAGUCUACACAGUUAACUAUGAGGUCAGGGGUCAGGUCAGACAAGGUUGUGUGUAACACAACAGCUCCUCCCUUUAACAGUAUUACAGUGGUCUGGUCUGGUUGCGACUAAUUAGCUUAGCGGACUGGAGGCUACAACCAGUGAGUAAGAGAGAGACGGGAAACGAAAUAAAAGCAACAAGCUUAGUAAACAACAGCAUCUGGGUCAGUUACUCUGUGCAUUGUAUUUGUAGUAAAGAAACCCAGUAAAGAAUGGUGAGAGAAAGAACGAACUUGGAACAAAGAAGAUGAGAGUUUAUCUAGUAUUGUAUAGAGGAGCUGUGCUAGCUGCAGUAAUGUGUGUGUAUGUUUGUGUGUGAGGGGGUACACAGGGGGUUCACAGGGGUCACACGGGUGGGAGCAGCCCCUAGCAGGCCAGUGCUCUAGGGCAUGGUUUGUGUGUGUGUUUGUGUGUGUUAUUAUGGACAGAAAUCAUACCCUCCAACCCCGGUGACCCUCCAGCUUCCAUCCUCCAUACAUACCUACAGCUAUGUAUUUUCUACCCCCACACACACACACACAUCCCCACAUCCCCCCUGGGUUGCUGGUUGGGGGAAGAGCAGGGAGAUUCCCUGGGCCUGGGAUUCAGGGGAGAGGAUAACCUACCCUCAUGCUGCAGUCCAAAGCUCUUUCCAUCAGGGUGACAGAUCGGCCCUGACACAAGCACUAGAUGACUAGAGGAGACUGCACUAGGGCGGGCGGUGGGCAACACAGGGGGUGGGGACAUCACGGCCCUCCAUCAUUUGCCCCUCAGUUUUUCCCUCCCUGUGUAGGCAGCAAUCGAGAGGGGCUGCAGUAUAAUUAAUUUGAUUAUCAUAUGGCCAAAUGCAGCUGACAGCAGGAGGGGGGGUAGUUGUUAAGAAAAUUUGAAAUGUGUAUUUAAAUGUUUUACGCCCUGGUGGAAUUUGGCAGGUAAUAUGUAUGCCUUUGAGAAUGCUAAUGUUUUUUUUUUUAAGAAGAGGGUAUGGAGGCAAAGUUCUAAAUAAACAAAUGAAUAAAACACCAGUGUGGUGAAAUCCAAAGCAUGUCAAAGCAAAGCUAGGAAUCAAGAAGAGUGAUAGCCGGCAUGAUUGUAUCAGAAAAUACAACCGCCUGCCGCCCCUCCCUGCUUGGUGUAAUUCAUGAAUAUGUUAGCAUGUGUUUCAUAUUCAUUCACCUUGAAGUUAUUUGUGUCUAGGCCCUCAUCAGAAAAAUAGUGACAUACAUUGCCUAGCCUGUGUAGUGGCGGCUUUUUGAAAAACAAAUUGUGCUCUGUUGGUUGUUUUGCAAUGGUUGUGUGUAGUUAUGUGAUUUUGGGGCUGUGUCUGUUUGGCUUGAUGUUUUAUUGCAGGGCGCGGUGGUGAGUGUUUUGCCCCUUGGUAGUUGUCCUUGCCAGAGUGUCAUUGAAAAGAUGACUGAGGAGGCUGAUCAAGCUGAAGACAUCCAGGAAGAAUUUACAUCAAAUGGCGACCUUAGUUGUCAUCGGGGCCGUGGUGAGGCGCGUGUGUGUGUGUGUGUGUAUGUGUGUGUGCCUGUGUGUGCGUGUGCGUGCGUGCACUGUAUCUGUGUCAUGUGGCCAGUGUCAUAAUGCUAGCUCUUUUGAGUGAUCACUUGACAAGAGCUGUCAUUCUAAGAACAUAUUUAUGACUGUUUAGGAAUAAAAAAUGUUGUUACUGUCCAUUUCUGAAUGAAUUACUACUUAGCAGUCGUAUACAUAUGAUUUAGCUGUUACAAAAUACUCUUCAUAUCUUCUAAAACAUUGUGCGUCUAUAUCUUUGAGACAUAGGCCUAGUUUAGUUUAUAGAAAAGCAAUAAUUUCACUUUUCAAGUUGCAGGCCUCUCAAACCUCCGUCUGGUCUGAUAUCUCUCCCUCCAGACCUCCCGUCCUGCUCACCUAGAAGCUCCAGGGGCUACCAGUGGAUCUCAGGUAUCACUGGGCUUCACAGCCCAGACCCAGGGAUCCAGAGUCAGACCACUACAGCAUUCACUCUGCUGCAAGGUACAGUUCAGUACAGCAAAAGAGGGGGGAAGUAUACUGACUGCAAACUAGUUUGUAACUCUGAUGCUGCAAACUAGUGCAUCACAAGUUUAAAAAACAGACUUAUAAAAUGUUCAAUUUCCAAGAAACACAAGGCUACUUGAAAAUUCUUUAGGUUCUCAGAAACUCUAGUGAUAAGUCACAAACUCAAACUAACGCCGUAACCCAAAAUAAUCUAUGUUAGCUUCGAUCAAAUAAAAAUGUAGAACUUUUGAGGGAAGAUAAGGUUCUGGACUGCUUUUACCAGGGGUUAUAUCAGGAAUAUAGAAUAUAAAAAGUGGUUGGUGCUAAGGAGUACUGGAGUGGUUGCCGGCACUCUGUAACCCCUUUGCAAGGUUUAACCCUGAAACCAGCCAAUUGAGAAAACGGAGGUGGAAAACUCCUUUGUUCCCAGGACACCUCUCUUUCUCCUUGUUGUGUUAGGAAAAUGCACUUGAAAGGUGCGGCAGGCUGGGCCCGAGCAAAAACACAGCUCUUUAUUCACAAAUGCUCUUUUUAAGUUUGGGAGGCCCACGUGUAAGCUUCUGUGUCCAUCACAGGGACGGAAUUGCAAGCGCACCACACGAGGACAGACACUUUAAAUUAACCCAGAGCGGAGCGCACCCCGCUCCUCUUCAAACAGACACUCACUCUCACACACUUACACUUACACACAGGCACGCUGUGUGGGUUAGCUCUUUUUCGCCCCGCAUAACUUUUUCUAAAAGUGCACACUUUAAUAGAGCAUCUGAUUUUGGGGGGUGAGGGGGAGAAAAAGGGUAGAAAGAUGAAAAGCAUAUUUAAUCGUGGUAUGCGGCUGAACAGCCUUCACAGAGCAGAGACAAUAUUAAAUGAGUUAAUAUUUAAUGGAGAACCUCUUUGUAUGAGGACGAAGUGUGUGAAGUACUCUGAGAUGCCAGCGUUGGCAAAGGAAAAACAAACUUGAUGCCCUAUCAUAUAAUAAGGAGGAGAAAGACCUUGCUUCAAGCCCCCGGUCUUCUCUUCCCGAUGCUCUUUAAGGGAGCUGAGCUGUGUACAAUGCAUGGGAUGAAAUAAAUCAUGACUCUCAGAACUAUGUCAAGGUAAACAUAGCUCAAUGUGCAUUCAGUAUGGUCUCAAGUGUCACCACAAUCAUUUAGCAACCUAAACACGUUGUAUUCUCCCUACAAUGAGAAAUAUUUGUGCGUGUAUCUGUAACCUGUGACUUGGUCCUGUGUAGGUGAGCUGGAGAGGAGAGACUGGCAGCUGAAGCAUAUUGUCCUGGUUCACCUGUAUGUGAGGAACAUGGAGGACUUCAUUUCACUCAACAAAGUCUACACCACCCACUUUGGCAUCAACCCCCCUGCCAGGUACCAUAAUGGACCCGUAGGCUGCCUUUCUAUUGUCUAGAGAGGUUUCCCCUCCCUGUCUCCUACCUCAUAUUAAUGUUAUUUACACACACCUUUCCAGCAUUCUUAGAUGUGUGCAGAUGAAGGACAGGGGAUAAGGAGAAGAGUCUACAGACUAUUUAGCACACUUAGACUGACCCCUCACCCAAAAAGCAGAGACAAUCACAUAUCCUCACUAAAUCCUUCACUGUCCGUAUACAGUUGAUGAGUAUACAGAUCAUAUCAUCAGGAUCUCCUCCUUCAUGUCCUCCCCUCCUCUUCAUCCCUCCCUCCACCUCUCCAGGGUGUGUGUCCAGGCCCCUCUACCUGCCGGUCAGCUCCUCCAGAUGGACUGUCUGCUCCACGACUGGCCCCCAGAGCCCCAGGAGGCUGCGCAGGAGGCUACCUUCCACCACAGAGAGGCCCUUCACGUCCAGAGCCUGUCCCACUGGGCUCCCGCCAACAUCGGGCCCUACAGCCAGGCCUUCAGGGUAAGAGACCCCCACGGGAGGGGAGACGGAGGGGAGGGUGGUGGGAUGGAUGGCUGGGUAGCUGGGUUGGAGAUGUGGUUGUCUUUUAGAUUCCAAGGAAGUUAGUAGAAACAUGGAGAGGGGGUGGGGUGGUUGGGUUUGGGAUAUGUGUGUCUCUUUUGAUUUUUACUGGGGACUUACAAGGAUCAAGAGGUGAGGAGGGAGACUGAUGGCUAAGUGGCUAGACGGGGAAAGUCAGUCUUGUGUUUCUAGGGACUUACAAGGAGCAUAGUGGUGCAUAACUCCCAGUGAAAUACUGAGAUGGAUAAGAAUGGUUGAUUCCAGGGAUCGUUAUAACUAGCUACAACUUUGUUGUUUGAGUCUGACGAGGAACUAGAAACAAAGACAUAGCCUUUGAAAUCCGACUAGGAUACAAAGCUGUGAUUUCACUGAAGUUUGUAGUCUGAGAGUGUGUAUUUGUCUGCAGAAUGUAGCCUUGUGGGUGUGUGUAUAUGUGUGUUUGUGUAUCUACAUCCACAUUCGUGUGUGAAGUUUGUAGGAUGGAACGUUUUUUCUUAUUGUUUAAACACACAGACUCAGCUCAACAGGAGAGAACACAGGAAGUGAGUGUAUCCGUGGUUGCGUGGGCAGCUGGUGCUGUGUGUUUACCCACUCUGUACUGGGGAUUACACUUGUCAAGUUACUGUCAACAAGGCAAGUGUCCAUCUCAUCCACAACGACCUUGAUCUCCCAUCCAAAACCUCAGAUGAGUAAGAACACGUGUGUAUGGAUGGAUGGUUGAGGUAGAACCAUUGAGUGUUGGGGAUAACUUACAGAGUAAUGAUAUCAUGCUGUGCACACUGUUGUUGAUCUCAUAGAAGGUUAAGAAAGUUAAAACAUUUUAGGGGAUCAACAAAGUUAUAGCUGUUAUUAUUGACAUUAAUAAUUUAGACUUGAGCCUUGGAUAAGCAUGUAGCGCAGGAUGUGUGUUCUAUUAUCCUACUCUUAUACUUAUACUACGCUCAUAGCCUACGCUUAUACUGUAGACCCUUAGUGACAUACAAACUAUAUAUCGUUUUGCCUUUAAACAACAGAAUCAUUUGUCUGUCUUAAUGUCAUUAUUCAUGAUCAUUCAAAAUCCAAAGCAAUUUCCCCAGAAAACAAUUAAAUCUGAUUUGUUUGCACUGAACUCUGUAGAAUGAUCCCAAAGACAGUGCCUUGUCUCUCAGCCUGCUGACUCUACCUCCAUGGCACACUGGUUCAAUUAGAACAAAAAUAUAUGAACAACAUCGCUUUGUUUUAGGGGGAGAAUUUUACAUAUUGAUACAAUUAGCCCCUCGCUGUGAGCAUGCAAAUGUGUUGCCCCACAACUCACGUCUUAAUGAGAAUCUGCUGUCGUGGUAAUGGCGAAUGUUGCCGUGACAAUAUAGCCUAGCAUUGGGGUCCCGGCAACAGUAUACAGUGCAUUCGGGAAGUAUUCAGACCCGUUGACUUUUUACACAUUUUGUUACAUUACAGCCUUAUUCUAAAAUGUAUUUAAAUUGUUUUUUUUCCCCUCAUCAAUCUACACACAAUAACCCAUAAUAACAAAGCAAAAACUGGUUUUUAGAAAUAUUUGCUGAAAUAUCACAUUUACAUAAGUAUUCAGACCCUUUACUCAGUACUUUGUUGAAGCAUCUUUGGCAGCGAUUACAGCCUCGAGUCUUCUUGGGUAUGACGCUACAAGCUUGGCACACCUGUAUUUGGGGAGUUUCUCCCAUUCUUCUCUGCAGAUCCUCUCAAGCUCUGUCAGGUUGGAUGGGGAGUGUCCGUGCACAGCUAUUUGCAGGUCUCUCCAGAGAUGUUCGAUUGGGUUCAAGUCUGGGCUCUGGCUGGGCCACUCAAGGAAAUUCAGAGACUUGUCCCGAAGCCACUCCUGCGUUGUCUUGGCUGAGUGCUUAGGGUCAUUGUCCUGUUGGAAGCUGGACCUUCACCCCUGUCUGAGGUCCUGAGCGCUCUGGAGCAGGUUUUCAUCAAGGAUCUCACUGUACUUUGCUCCGUUCAUCUUUCCCUCGAUCCUGACUAGUCUCCCAGUCCCUGCCGCUGAUAAACAUCCCCACAGCAUGAUGCUGCCACCACCAUGCCCCACCGUAGGGAUGGUGCAAGGUUUCCUCCAGACGUGACGCUUGGCAUUCAGGCCAAAGAGUUAAAUCUUGGUUUCAUCAGACAAGAGAAUCUUGUUUCUCAUGGUCUGAGAGUCCUUUAGGUGCCUUUUGGCAAACUCCAAGCGGGCUGUCAUGUGCCUUUUACUGAGGAGUGGCUUCCGUCUGGCCACUCUACCAUAAAGGCCUGAUUGAUCGAGUGCUGCAGAGAUGGUUGUCCUUCUGGAAGGUUCUCCCAUCUCCACAGAGGAACUCUGGAGCUCUGUCAGCGUGACCAUCGGGUUCUUGGUCACCUCCCUGACCAAGGCCCUUCUCCGUCGAUUGCUCAGUUUGGCCGGGUGGCCAGCUUUAAGAGUCUUGAUCCAAACUUAUUCGAUUUAAGAAUGAUGGAGGCCACUGUGUUCUUGGAGACCUUCAAUGCUGCAGAAAUGUUUUGGUACCCUUCCCCAGAUCUGUGCCUCGACACAAUCCUGUCUCGGAACUCUACGGACAAUUCCUUCAACCUCAUGGCUUGGUUUUUGCUCUGACAUGCACUGUCAACUGUGGAACCUUAUAUAGACAGGUGUGUGCCUUUCCAAAUCAUGUCCAAUCAAUUGAAUUUUCCACAGGUGGACUCCAAUCAAGUUGUAGAAACAUCUCAAGGAUGAUCAACUGAAACAGGAUGCACCUGAGCUCAAUUUUGAGUCUCAUAGCAAAGGAUCUGAAUACUUAUGUAAAUAAUGUAUUUCUGUUUUUCAUUUAUAAUACAUUUGCAAAAUGUCUAAAAACCUGUUUUCACUUUGUCAUUAUGGGGUAUUGUAUGUAGAUUGAUGAGAAUAUUUUUUGUUUAAUCCAUUUUAGAAUAAGGCUGUAACGUAACAAAAAGGAAAGGGGUCGGAAUACUUUCCGAAUGCACUGUAGACCGACAGAGGAAAGGCAGUCUGAGACCAGACCAAACCAACCCCCCUCUAUCCCACUUUAGGAAAUAAUGAGUGGGAUCCUAUUAAAGAAAGGGGGAGGGGAAGAACAGCUCAAAUGCUUUAUUCUGUGGUCUUAAUUAUUUCCCCUGAAGAAGUUGUCAGUUUGGAGUCACAGUCACAUACAGAGAAAUUAUUGCAUUAUGGCAAUACGUUGAUUGGUGAAGUCUAUUGUUUGAAGUUUUAGGCCUGUUGUUAAAUCGCUUCCACAUGGCUGUUGAGACCCACUGAAUAAGGCAGUAGGCUGAAGUGGCCAGUGUGAGGGACAGCACAUGGCUCCUGACAGGCCUGGCACACCGGGCAUGCUAGAUCUGACUGGGACUGGGAGCAGGACUGGUGGUAGACCAGAGAGUAUCAUGGGAAGAAAUGCUUGACGUGGCGUGUGAUAGAUGUUGGACCUCUCUGCUCCGUCUGUCUGUCUGCUCCACUUUCUCCCUCCCUAAUCUCAGACGAACUGUUGAUGUCGUUUGGCAAUCUGACAGAUCCCUAUCUGCCCUACUGAUGUACAGAAUAUGUUAACCUUUAUGAUGUCGUCGCGGCAGGCCCUUUGGGUGUGUUUUGGUUACCAUCAUUAAGGUGAAAUCGACCGGGAGGCUCACAAAAAAGGGACAAUAAUUUAAUUUGUGGUUUGUUUAUGCAUUUUUUGUUCUAUCAGUUACACCCUUGAUUAGUUUCUGCUUGGAGGUCAUGUUUAACAUAAUAUUAGCUGUGAUAUGGGUAAUGAGGGUUUUCUUCAGAGGUGACACAUUUGAUUGUGGUCACUGCUCUGCCUUAAGAUACAAUACCAGAGAUCAGAGUUCCUCUUCCAACUAAUUUGUUCCUGUUUUAUUAUUUUGAUGUUUAUCAGUGAUUUAAUGUGAAUUCUCUCCAGACUCAUGCUUUGUCUACAUUAUUUGCAUAAUUUAAUUAUCAAAAAUGCCACUGUUCUAGCACAUCAAUCACUGUUGGAAAAAAAGAGCAGUUCCAGCUUUAAUUUAAAAAAAGGGGGAAAAAAGUAUACGGUUUCAGCUUUCGAAGCCACCCAUGCUAUUUACAACAACCAUCAAGUUAUGCCAGGAAAACUUUAAUAGAAACUGUCAUAAAAACAGGUAUUACUGCAUUGUUGAAUCAAGUCACUCAGUAUCACUCAGCUUCCACAACCACAUUGUGCCAUUAUCAUAAUAAUAAGAAAAAAAGUCCUAUAUUCUGUAGCAUCCACGUCUUUGUAAAGAAAAACCCAUUUGUACUAAUAACAGAUGAUUAAGCUUGCGGGUUGUCAGACGGAGAAAAUUGACCCUUCAUUAACCAGCGUGCUAGUUAACAGCAGGAGUCCCAAAUGGAAAGGAAAGGGGAUACAGUGGGGGGGAAAAGUAUUUAGUCAGCCACCAAUUGUGCAAGUUCUCCCACUUAAAAAGAUGAGAGAGGCCUGUAAUUUUCAUCAUAGGUACACGUCAACUAUGACAGACAAAAUGAGAAAAAAAAAUCCAGAAAAUCACAUUGUAGGAUUUUUAAUGAAUUUAUUUGCAAAUUAUGGUGGAAAAUAAGUAUUUGGUCAAUAACAAAAGUUUCUCAAUACUUUGUUAUAUACCCUUUGUUGGCAAUGACACAGGUCAAACGUUUUCUGUAAGUCUUCACAAAGUUUUCACACACUGUUGCUGGUAUUUUGGCCCAUUCCUCCAUGCAGUUCUCCUCUAGAGCAGUGAUGUUUUGGGGCUGUCGCUGGGCAACACAGACUUUCAACUCCCUCCAAAGAUUUUCUAUGGGGUUGAGAUCUGGAGACUGGCUAGGCCACUCCAGGACCUUGAAAUGCUUCUUACGAAGCCACUCCUUCGUUGCCCGGGCGGUGUGUUUGGGAUCAUUGUCAUGCUGAAAGACCCAGCCACGUUUCAUCUUCAAUGCCCUUGCUGAUGGAAGGAGGUUUUCACUCAAAAUCUCACGAUACAUGGCCCCAUUCAUUCUUUCCUUUACACGGAUCAGUCGUCCUGGUCCCUUUGCAGAAAAACAGCCCCAGAGCAUGAUGUUUCCACCCCCAUGCUUCACAGUAGGUAUGGUGUUCUUUGGAUGCAACUCAGCAUUCUUUGUCCUCCAAACACGACGAGUUGAGUUUUUACCAAAAAGUUGGUUUCAUCUGACCAUAUGACAUUCUCCCAAUCCUCUUCUGGAUCAUCCAAAUGCACUCUAGCAAACUUCAGACGGGCCUGGACAUGUACUGGCUUAAGCAGGGGGACACGUCUGGCACUGCGGGAUUUGAGUCCCUGGCGGCGUAGUGUGUUACUGAUGGUAGGCUUUGUUACUUUGGUCCCAGCUCUCUGCAGGUCAUUCACUAGGUCCCCCCGUGUUGUUCUGGGAUUUUUGCUCACCGUUCUUGUGAUCAUUUUGACCCCACGGGGUGAGAUCUUGCGUGGAGCCCCAGAUCGAGGGAGAUUAUCAGUGGUCUUGUAUGUCUUCCAUUUCCUAAUAAUUGCUCCCACAGUUGAUUUCUUCAAACCAAGCUGCUUACCUAUUGCAGAUUCAGUCUUCCCAGCCUGGUGCAGGUCUACAAUUUUGUUUCUGGUGUCCUUUGACAGCUCUUUGGUCUUGGCCAUAGUGGAGUUUGGAGUGUGACUGUUUGAGGUUGUGGACAGGUGUCUUUUAUACUGAUAACAAGUUCAAAUAGGUGCCAUUAAUACAGGGAACGAGUGGAGGACAGAGGAGCCUCUUAAAGAAGAAGUUACAGGUCUGUGAGAGCCAGAAAUCUUGCUUGUUUGUAGGUGACCAAAUACUUAUUUUCCACCAUAAUUUGCAAAUAAAUUCAUUAAAAAUCCUACAAUGUGAUUUUCAGGAUUUAUUUCUUCUCAAUUUGUCUGUCAUAGUUGACGUGUACCUAUGAUGAAAAUUACAGGCCUCUCUCAUCUUUUUAAGUGGGAGAACUUGCACAAUUGGUGGCUGACUAAAUACUUUUUCCCCCCACUGUACCUAGUCAGUUUCACAACUGAAUGCAUUCAACUGAAUUUUAUUCACACCUAUUUGAUUUAAUGCUGCCUUUUCUAUUCCCCCACAAUCACAAUCCCUUUGGAGCACGGUAGUGCCAGAUUUACUCCUGAGCUGCAACAGCAUCAGAUGAAUGGUUGUUAAACAUAUCAUCUUUCCUGUGUUAAGGUAAAUGGAUCACCCCUGGGAUAUUUGGUGGGGUAAUGAUAUUCACUGAUCAAAUUGUAGAAGAGCGUUUGGGGAGCUAGCGGGGUUAGCCUCAGGUUGCCAGGCCAACGCUCUGCUCACCGCUCACCCUUCCUUCACUCCCCUAAUUGUGAGUGACAUUCAAUAUUGCGGAAGCCUCUCGCAAGCCUGCAAUAAGAUUUGCAUUGGAUUUUGAAAAUUGUCAAAGUGGACUCGGAAGCAUGGAGGGGAAAGUGGAUCUGACGUUGGCAAUUAGCGUCAAAGGGAGGAGCAGAAGCGCGGCAGGCGGUAGAAUUUGAAUAAUCUUCUUAAGGGAGGCUAAAUGCGUUAAAACAAUGAGCUGAGCUGUGGCUGACCCUCUUGUUGGGGAAGUUCACAGGUCAAGUUAGGCAGAACCUCCCACUUAGAACCACAGAGAGGACAGACAGAGGCUUGUGUGAAGAGAACAUAGGGAGGUAUUUCCCUCCUCUAAUGUAAAGAUGAAGCACUAUAUGUGAGGGUUCUCUGAUUGAUGAUUAGGGAGCCAGUAGAGCUUCAUGGUGAGUUGACUGACUGACUGAGUUUCAGGUUGGGAGAGGGAGAAAAAAAGAAAGCUUCUGGGGGAAGUUUAGGUUUUGAUGAAUAGCCAAAAUUAAGCUAAAUGAUUUGUUUUAUGGCAAGUUGUUCUUCCUCUGAAUUUUUCACAGCCGUAAAGAGCUUACUUCCAGCCCUUCUCUUCCAUCACCCCUCCCUUACCUCCCCCAACCCCGUCCGCCAGCCAGCGGAGGCAACAUGCACCUAAAUUACCACAGAAGGGUAAUUAGCUAAACUAAAAAGGCGGUGUCUAGCUUCAGGGGGGCCAGAAAGAUCUAUCCAAGUCAGACGUGUGUGUGUGUGUGUGGGGGUGGUGGAGGGAGGGCAGUUACACAGGAUGUACAGAUUAAUUAGAACGUUUAACUUCAUUUCUAACAAAAAAAAUCCCAUUAAAAAUGUGCGCUCUUUGCGACGACUCUCCCCUUCUCCAUAAUCUAUUAAAACACCCGCUUUUACCUCACCUCGCCUCCGUCAUACUUUAUGGAUUUUUUCAUAAACACGGCCUAUACUUCAUAAAUGUCUAGAUUUUCUAGUCUAUUAACAUUACUUCAAAAGCACUUGAUAAAAGAGCAGGGCAUGCAUGAAAUAAUGCACCAAUAAUAUGGAGAUGCGCUGGAGGCUAGAACAGUAGGGGAGGCUCUCCAACGAGCGCUGGCAGACAAUGCAGGGGAUCUUAUCAGCUCUAAUAAAAGAACAAAUGAUCACUUCCAACCGAGGAGGAGAAGGGAGGAGGAGGAGGCAAGGGGAAGAGGGAGGGGGAGAGAGCAAAACAGUUGUCAAGUAAUUGAGCUGAUGAAAAAUGGUUUGCAGCUUAGAAGGGUUUGAUCAGCCGAGAGAUUGAAGUGGCCACAGUUGCCUUGGAGGAUGUUAUACAUGGGUUUGUGUUGGCGCUGGAAUUAGUUGACGUACGUCAAAAUAUGUUUUUGUUUUUUCCCUCAGUUGAAUAUCUGAGUCAUAGAAAAAUGAAUAGGUUACUUCUGUUUUGGAAGGUAGUGAUUCAAAAAUGAUUUUUGGACUGACAGUUGUGGUUAAAAUCCCAAACGUUCCUUCUUGUCUCGUCUCUGAACAUCAUUUGUGUACAGUGCAUUCGGAAAGAAUUCAGACCCCUUGACUUUUUCCACAUUUUGUUAUGUUACAGCUUUAUUCUAAAAUGGAUUAAAUUGUUUUCCCCCCCUCAUCAAUCAACACACAAUACCCCAUAAUGACAAAGCAAAAACAGGUUUUUAGAAAAAUGGAAAUAUCACAUUUACAUAAGUAUUCAAACCCUUUACUCAGUACUUUGUUGAAGCACCUUUGGCAGUGAUUACAGCCUUGAGUCUUCUAGGGUAUGACGCUACAAGCUUGGCACACCUGUAUUUGGGGAGUUUCUCCCAUUCUUCUCUGCAGAUCCUCUAAAGCUCUGUCAGGUUGGAUGGGGAGCGUCGCUGCACAGCUAUUUUCAGCUCUCUCCAGAGGUGUUCGAUUGGGUUCAAGUCCGGGCUCUGACUGGGCCACUCAAGGACAUUCAGAGACUUGUCCAGAAGCCACUCCUGCGUUGUCUUAGCUGUGUGCUUAGGGUCGUUGUCCUGUUGGCAGGUGAACCUUCACCCCUGUCUGAGGUCCUGAGCGCUCUGGAGCAGGUUUUCAUCAAGGAUCUCUCUGUACUUUGCUCCGUUGAUCUUUCCCUCGAUCCUGACUAGUCUCCCAGUCCCUGCCGCUGAUAAACAUCCCCACAGCAUGAUGCUGCCACCACCAUGCUUCACCUUAGGGAUGGUGCCAGGUUUCCACCAGACGAGACGCUUGUCAUUCAGGCCAAAGAGUUCAAUCUUGGUUUCAGCAGACAAGAGAAUCUUGUUUCUCAUGGUCUAUCCUUUAGGUGCCUUUUGGCAAACUCCAAGCGGGCUGUCAUGUGCCUUUUACUGAGGAGUGACUUCCGUCUGGCCACUCUACCAUAAAGGCCUGAUUGGUGGAGUGCUCCAGAAAUGGUUGUCCUUAUGGAAGGUUCUCCCAUCUCCACAGAGGAACUCUGGAGCUCUGUCAGAGUGACCAUCGGGUUAUUGGUCACCUCCCUGACCAAGGUCAUUCUCCCCCGAUUGCUCAGUUUGGCUGGGCGGCCAGCUCUAGGAAGAGUCAUGGUGGUUCAAAACGUAUUCCGUUUAAGAAUGAUGGAGGCCACUGUGUUGUUGGGGACCUUCAAUGCUGCAGAAAUGUUUUGGUACCCUUCCCCAGAUCUGUGCCUCGACACAAGCCUGUCUCGGAGCUCUACAGACAAUUCCUUCAACCUCAUGACUUGGUUUUUGCUCUGACAUACACUGUCAACUGUGGAACCUUAUAUAGACAGGUGUGUGCCUUUCCAAAUCAUGCUCCAAAUCAAAUCAGCUGCAACCGAAUGGCUGUUGUUGUUGUUGGCUAAUCACCACUGUCCCGAACCAAGCAUCAGUUAGCCUUGAGCUAGCCUCGAGCCAGGCCCAUCUCCCGGCUAUCUACCUCUCUGUCAACCGUACGGGACCUCCUAGUGUUGACACGGAGCCCCGCCGAUCCAUCACGACUGGUCUGCCGAUGUAAUCAUCUGAUGUGGUUUCAACAGGCUUCCUGUAGCGACGACCACGAAGAUCCAUCUGCUAGCCACGGCCCGCUAGCACACGCAAUCAACAUCCGUGCCUCCUGCUCGCCUGUGCCGUAGCAGCCACCGAACUGCUCCCGGACUCACCUAUUGCUGUUCACUGGACCUUAUGAUCACUCAGCUAUACAGCUGAUGCCUGCUGGACUGUUCCUUUAUACGGUACCCCAUCCUGUUUAUCUGUUUAGCCUCAGCCCAAACUUUCGUCACCGUUACCAGCUGUUGUCUUAGCUCUCUCGAAUAACACCUGUGAUUGCUUUAUGCCUCGCUCCCAUGUCAGUAUGCCUUGCCUAUUGCUGUUUCGGUUAGUUCUUAUUGUACUAUUUCACUGUAGAGCCCCCAGUCCUACUCAACCUGCCUCAGAUAGCUCCUUUGUCCCACCCCCAUACACGCGGAGACCGGCUCAAUCGGGGCCUCCAGUGAUGCUAUCUCUUUCAUCGUUACCCAACGCUUAGGUUUACCUCCACUGUACUCAUAUCCUUCCAUAUCCUUGUCUGUACAUAAUGCUCUGAAUCUAUUCUACAACGCCCGGAAAUCUGCCCUUUUAUUCUCUGUACCCAACGCACCAGAAGACCAGUUCUUAAAGCCUUUAGCCAUAUCCUUAUUCUAUUCCUCCUCUGUUCCUCUGGUGAUAUAGAGGUUAACCCAGGCCCUGUAGCCCCCAGUAUCACUCCUACUCCCCAGGCGCUAUCAUUUGUUGACUUCUGUAACCGUAAAAGCCUUGGUUUCUUGCAUGUUAACAUCAGAAGCCUCCUCCCUAAGUUUGAGUUAUUCACUGCGUUAGCACACUCCGCCAAUCCUGAUGUUCUAGCAGUGUCUGAAUCCUGGCUUAGGAAGGCCACCAAAAUGUCAACUACAUCUACAGCAUUUUCCGUCUAGAUAGAACUGCCAAAGGGGGCGGAGUUGCAAUCUACUGUAGAGAUAGCCUGCAGAGCUCUAUCAUAGUAUCCAGGUCUGUGCCCAAACAGUUUGAGCUUCUACUUCUAAAAAUCCACCUUUCCAGAAAUAAGUCUCUCACUGUUGCCACUUGCUACAGACCCCCCUCAGCCCCCAGUUGUGCCCUGGACACCAUAUGUGAAUUGAUUGCCCCCCAUCUAUCCUCAGAGUUCGUACUGCUUGGUGACCUAAACUGGGAUAUGCUUAACACCCCGGCCGUCCUACAAUCUAAACUAGAUGCCCUCAAUCUCACACAAAUUAUCAAGGAACCUACCAGGUACAACCCUAAAUCCGUAAACAUGGGCACCCUCAUAGAUAUCAUCCUGACUAAUUUAUUCUCUAAAUAUACCAGGAUCUCAGCGAUCACUGCCUCAUUGCCUGUGUCCGUAAUGGGUCUGUGGUCAAACGACCACCCCUCAUCACUGUCAAACGCUCCCUAAAACACUUCAGCGAGCAGGCCUUUCUAAUUGACCUGGCCCGGGUAUCCUGGAUGGAUAAUGACCUCAUUCCAUCAGUAGAGGAUGCCUGGUUGUUCUUUAAAAGUGCCUUCCUCUCCAUCUUAAAUAAGCAUGGCCCAUUCAUAAAAUGCAGAACUAAGAACAGAUAUAGCCCCUGGUUCACCCCAGACUUGACUGCCCUUGACCAGCACAAAAACAUCCUGUGGCGUACUGCAUUAGCAUCGAACAGCCCCUGCGAUAUGCAACUUUUCAGGGAAGUCAGGAACCAAUAUACACAAUCAGUUAGGAAAGCAAAGGCUAGCUUUUCAAACAGAAAUUUGCAUCCUGUAGCACUAACUCCAAAAAGUUUUGGGACACUGUAAAGUCCAUGGAGAAUAAGAGCACCUCCUCCCAGCUGCCCACUGCACUGAGGCUAGGAAACAUUGUCACCACCGAUAAAUCUACGAUAAUCGAGAAUUUCAACAAGCAUUUUGCUACGGCUGGCCAUGCUUUCCACCUGGCUACCCCUACCCGGCCACCAGCUCUGCACCCUCCGUUGCAACUUGCCUAUGCCCCCCCCCCCCCCAGCUUCUCCUUCACCCAAAUUCAGACAGCUGAUGUUCUGAAAGAGCUGCAAAAUCUGGAUCCCUACAAAUCAGCUGGGCUAGACAAUCUGGACCCUUUCUUUCUAAAAUUAGCCGCCGAAAUUGUCGCAACCCCUAUUUACUAGCCUGUUCAAUCUCUCUUUCGUAUCGUCUGAGAUCCCCAGAGAUUGGAAAGCUGCCGCGGUCAUCCCCCUCUUCAAAGGGGGUGACACUCUAGAUUCAAACUGCUACAGACCUAUAUCCGUCCUGCCCUGCCUUUUGAAAGUAUUUGAAAGCCAAGUUAACAAACAGAUCACCGACCAUUUCGAAUCCCACCGUACCUUCUCCGCUAUGCAAUCUGGUUUCCGAGCUGGUCAUGGGUGCACCUCAGCCACACUCAAGGUCCUAAACGAUAUUAUAACCGCGAUCGAUAAAAGACAGUACUGUGCAGCCGUCUUCAUCGACCUGGCCAAGGCUUUCGACUCUGUCAAUCACCGCAUUCUUAUUGGCAGACUAAAUAGCCUUGGUUUUUCAAAUGACUGCCUCGCCUGGUUCACCAACUACUUCUCAGAUAGAGUUCAAUGUGUCAAAUCGGAGGCCCUAUGGGGGUGCCACAGGGUUCAAUUCUCUGGCCGACUCUUCUCUGUGUAUAUCAAUAAUGUCGCUCUUGCUGCUGGUGACUCUCAGAUCCACCUCUACGCAGACGACACCAUUUUGUAUACAUCUGGCCCUUCAUUGGACACUGUGUUAACAAACCUCCAAACGAGCUUCAAUGCCAUACAACACUCCUUCCGUAGCCUCCAUCUGCUCUUAAACGCUAGUAAAACUAAAUGCAUGCUCUUCAAUCGAAUGCUGCUUGCACCCGCCCGCCCAACUAGAAUCACUACUCUCGGCGGGUCUGACUUAGAAUAUGUGGACAACUACAAAUACCUAGGUGUCUGGUUAGACCGUAAACUCUCCUUCCAGACUCACAUGAAGCAUCUCCAAUCCAAAGUUAAAUCUAGAAUCGGCUUCCUAUUUCGCAACAAAGCCUCCUUCACUCAUGCUGCCAAACAUGCCCUCUUAAAACUGACUAUCCUACCGAUCCUUGACUUCGGCGAUGUCAUUUACAAAAUAGCCUCCAACACUCUAAUCAGCUAAUUGGAUGUAGUCUAUCACAGUGCCAUCCGUUUUGUCACCAAAGCCCCAUAUACUACCCACCAUUGUGACCUGUACGCUCUCGUUGGCUGGCCCUCACUACAUAUUCGUCGCCAAACCCACUGGCUCCAGGUAAUCUAUAAAUCACUGCUAGGCAAAUCCCUGCCUUAUCUUAGCUCAUUGGUCACCAUAGCAACACCCACCCGUAGUAUGCGUUCCAGCAGGUAUAUCUCACUGGUCAUCCCCAAAGCCAACACCUCCUUUGGCCGCCAUUCCUUCCAGUUCUCUGCUGCCAAUGACUGGAACGAACUGCAAAAAUCUCUGAAGCUGGAGACUCUUAUCUCCCUCACUAACUUUAAGCAUCAGUUGUCAGAGCAGAUUACCAAUCACUGCACCUGUACACAGCCCAUCUGUAAUUAGCCCACCCAACUACCUCAUCCCCAUAUUGUUAUUUAUUUCGCACAUCGUCUUCUGCACAUCUGUCACUCCAGCGUUAAUACUAAAUUGUAAUUAUUUUGCACUAUGGCCUAUUUAUUGCCUUACCUCCAUAACUUACUACAUUUGCACACACUGUAUAUAGAUUUUCUAUUGUGUUAUUGACUGUACGUUUUGUUUAUCCCAUAUGUAACUCUGUGUUGUUGUUUUUAUCGCACUGCUUUGCUUUAUCUUGGCCAGGUCGCAGUUGUAAAUGAGAACUUGUUCUCAACUGGCUUACCUGGUUAAAUAAAAACAUUAAAAAAUAAGUCCAAUCAGUUGAAUUUACCACAGGUAGACUCCAAUCAAGUUGUAGAAACAUCUCAAGGAUGAUCAGUGGAAACAGGAUGCACCUGAGCUCAAUUUCGAGUCUCAUAGCAAAGGGUCUGAAUACUUAUGUAAAUAAGGUAUUUCUGUUUUCACUUUGUCAUUACAGGGUAUUGUGUGUAGAUUUGAUAAUUUCAUCCAUUUUAGAAUAUGGCUGUAAAAAAUCAAGAGGUCUUACUACUUUCCAAAUGCACUGUACGUCUGUCUAUACGGACUCACUCAGACCUUACUCAUCUUGCCCAAACGUUGGGAUCAACUGUACACACUUGAGCUUGACAAACACACCACUCACCUUUCAUACCUGAUAAGGCCUUACCUGAAUGGCAUGUCAGUGGUAUGCCCCAGGGCCUAGAAUUACACAUACACUCACCUAUACAGGGUCAGGCAUAGGCCUAAUAAUGAUUCACCUAUGACUAGCCAUGGUUCUCAUAGAUGACUGACAGGACAAGUACACUGUGUUCAAAACAGAUAGUUACACACAGAAAUGAACAUGCAUGCGCGCUUGCACACACACACACACACACACAUUAUGGGGCACUUAGGCCUCUAGUGAGAGUGACUGAGCCUCCAUACGUCUCUGUCCCUCUGUGAGUCACCAGAGUGGCUGAGGUAACUGUCCUGUCCCAGUAGCUGGCUGGCUAAAAUUACAACCACCACACACUGCACUGGGGGUCUGGUAGAUUUAAGUGGAGAACAACAACAGGGUCUCCACCCCCUCCUUACCCUCCUCUUCCCUAAAACAAGCCCAUUUAAGGAGACAGAUAUUUGCCCUGACACAUGGUCUCUGCUCUAGACGUGGUCUCUGUGAUGAGGACAGUGGUGGAAUCAGAGGGCGGGGGUUGGGCGUCUGUGUAUAUUUGUGUGCGCAUGGAUGAGUAUUUGUGUGUAUAUGUGAAGCAGUGACGUGCAGUGAGGUCGGUGGCUGGGUAGACACUGGCUAUUAUCAAAGCCAGAUUUACUCACAAGUAAACCUUGAUGAAGCCCAAGUUCACCAUGCAACAGAGAGCUCCAACAACCAGAGUGACAUAGGCUAUUAACCGAAAUUGACAAACAAUUUUCACCAAAUAUAAAAACCAAUGUAGCCAAGAUACAGAAGUGAUAGCCUCCAGUGGCGACAUACUUCAUAUUAUCCGACAAAAUGACACACUGCUCAUCUCAGCUCAGCCAUAGACGUAUGUAGCAUCCACAGUUCCAACUGAUAGGUGGCGCUAUAAGACCACAUUUCAUCCGAAUAAUUUGAAACACAAACUUAGCCUUUCACAAUGGAUUUACAAUUCUUCCAAUACAUGGCGCACGUAUGUGAAAUAUUAUUACACACAUAUAUAAUAAAUAAGGUUCUAAUUACAUUUCCAUAUCAACAAUCGAAAUGACUGAAUGCAGUUCAAAACAUCAAAAAAGUGUCUAAUCAAAACUAAAUUCUAGCUUGAUAAAUCAAAAGCAUUCAAAGGGAUGUAAUAUAUUCUCAUGAUUAAACAGUAGCCCUACAAAAAAAUGCAUUUAACCCUAUCUUUACUUGUAAAUUAAGUCCAUUCGUCUGGUGAACCUCUAUUCUGCAUGCACACAGCCGUGUGGAAGACACAUCCCCAAGGCCUCCUUCGGUUCCAUUUUUGCACUGACACAAAAAGUAAUUCCCAUUCCGCCCACAAAGCAACAGUAAUUGUCCAAGAUGUUGAAAAGUCUGCGUAAAAAGUAUUAAUUGGUAAUUACAUUUCAGACAAGUGGACAGUCCGGUACUCACUGUUCGUCUGCCCGACAGCUAGAAUUGUUUGAGGUGAAGUAUGGUGUCCAUUUAAUAUAAUUUGCCAUUUAGCAGACACUUUUAUCCAAAGCGACUUACAGUCAUGUGUGCAUACAUUUUUACGUAUGGGUGGUCCCGGGGAUCGAACCCACUACCCUGGCGUUACAAGCGCCAUGCUCUACCAAUUGAGCUACAGAGGACCAUUUGUCAGGUUGUCAGGUUGUUUUUGCUAGCUAGCUUCGAGUUGGUUCAGUUCAAGGGAUGCGAGCGCCAAAUUAUGUAGACACGGCCAAAUGUACACAGCUUACCCCAGUCAAUACCCAACAUAUUAAGGCAAUAUGCAUGCACAACACAGGAGGUUGGUGGCACCUUAUUUGGGGAGAAUGGGCUCGUGGUAAUGACUGGAGCGGAAUCAGUGGAAUGGUAUCAAAUACAUCAAACACAUGGUUUCCAGGUGUUUGAUGCCAUUCCAUUCUGCUCCGUUCCAGACAUUAUUAUGGGCCGUUCUCCCCUCAGCAACCUCCUGUGAUGGAAAAAAAAAUAUGAAAUCGUCUCAAUGCAAGGAAUGAAGCUACUUCAAGCUGAAAAGGAACGUAUUAAUACCUUAGCAAGGUUUUGAUGCAGUUUCAGCAAUUCUUUAGAUUUUGAGCAUAAAAAACACCAGAAUCAUUGAGAAAAAAACAUUAGAUAACAGUAAAGAAUGACCAUUUUGUACAGUACCAGUCAAAGGUUUGGACACACCUACUCAUUCAAGGGUUUUUCUUUAUUUUUACUACACUGCUCAAAAAAAUUAAGGGAACACUUAAACAACACAAUGUAACUCCAAGUCAAUCACACUUCUGUGAAAUGAAACUGUCCACUUAGGAAGCAACACUGAUUGACAAUAAAUUUCACAUGCUGUUGUGCAAAUGGAAUAGACAACAGGUGGAAAUUAUAGGCAAUUAGCAAGACACCCCCAAUAAAGGACUGGUUUUGCAGGUGGUGACCACAGACCACUUCUCAGUUCCUAUGCUUCCUGGCUGAUGUUUUGGUCACUUUUGAAUGCUGGCGGUGCUUUCACUCUAGUGGUAGCAUGAGACGGAGUCUACAACCCACACAAGUGGCUCAGGUAGUGCAGCUCAUCCAGGAUGGCACAUCAAUGCGAGCUGUGGCAAGAAGGUUUGCUGUGUCUGUCAGCGUAGUGUCCAGAGCAUGGAGGCGCUACCAGGAGACAGGCCAGUACAUCAGGAAACGUGGAGGAGGCCGUAGGAGGGCAACAACCCAGCAGCAGGACCGCUACCUCCGCCUUUGUGCAAGGAGGAGCAGGAGGAGCACUGCCAGAGCCCUGCAAAAUGACCUCCAGCAGGCCACAAAUGUGCAUGUGUCUGCUCAAACGGUCAGAAACAGACUCCAUGAGGGUGGUAUGAGGGCCCGACGUCCACAGGUGGGGGUUGUGCUUACAGCCCAACACCGUGCAGGAUGUUUGGCAUUUGCCAGAGAACACCAAGAUUGGCAAAUUCACCACUGGCACCCUGUGCUCUUCAGAGAUGAAAGCAGGUUCACACUGAGCACGUGACAGACGUGACAGAGUCUGGAGACGCCGUGGAGAACGUUCUGCUGCCUGCAGUAUCCUCCAGCAUGACCGGUUUGGCGGUGGGUCAGUUAUGGUGUGGGGUGGCAUUUCUUUGGGGGCCCGCACAGCCCUCCAUGUGCUCGCCAGAGGUAGCCUGACUACCAUUAGGUACCGAGAUGAGAUCCUCAGACCCCUUGUGAGACCAUAUGCUGGUGCGGUUGGCCCUGGGUUCCUCCUAAUGCAAGACAAUGCUAGACCUCAUGUGGCUGGAGUGUGUCAGCAGUUCCUGCAAGAGGAAGGCAUUGAUGCUAUGGACUGGCCCACCCGUUCCCCAGACCUGAAUCCAAUUGAGCACAUCUGGGACAUCAUGUCUCGCUCCAUCCACCAACGCCACGUUGCACCACAGACUGUCCAGGAGUUGGCGGAUGCUUUAGUCCAGGUCUGGGAGGAGAUCCCUCAGGAGACCAUCCGCCACCUCAUCAGGAGCAUGCCCAGGCGUUGUAGGGAGGUCAUACAGGCACGUGGAGGCCACACACACUACUGAGCCUCAUUUUGACUUGUUUUAAGGACAUUACAUCAAAGUUGGAUCAGCCUGUAGUGUGGUUUUCCACUUUAAUUUUGAGUGUGACUCCAAAUCCAGACCUCCAUGGGUUGAUAAAUUUGAUUUCCAUUGAUAAUUUUUGUGUGAUUUUGUUGUCAGCACAUUCAACUAUGUAAAGAAAAAAGUAUUUAAUAAGAUUAUUUCAUUCAUUCAGAUCUAGGAUGUGUUAUUUUAGUGUUCCCUUAAUUUUUUUGAGCAGUGUAUUUUCUACAUUGUAGAAUAAUAAUGAAGACAUCAAAACUAUGAAAUAACACAUAUGGAAUCAUGUAGUAACCAAAAAAGUGUUAAAUAAAUCAUAAAAUAUUUUAUAUUUGAGAUUCUUAUAUUAGCCACCCUUUGCCUUGAUGACAGCUUUGCACACUCUUGGCAUUCUCUCAACCAGCUUCACCUGGAAUGCUUUUCCAACAGUCUUGAAAGAGUUCCCACAUAUGCUGAGCACUUGUUGGCUGCUUUUCCUUCACUCUGCGGUCCGACUCAUCCCAAACCAUCUCAAUUGGGUUGAGGUCGGGGGAUUGUGGAGGCCAGGUCAUCUGAUCCAGCACUCCAUCACUCUCCUUCUUGGUCAAAUAGCCCUUACACAGCCUGGAGGUGUGUUGGGUCAUUGUCCUGUUCAAAAACAAAUGAUAGUCCCACUAAGCCCAAACAAGAUGGGAUGGCCGCCGUGGCUGCGGAAUGCUGUGGUAGCCAUGCUGGUUAAGUGUGCCUUAAAUUCUAAAUAAAUCACAGACAGUGUCACCAGCAAAGUACCCCCACUCCAUAACACCUCCUCCUCCAUGCUUUACUGUGGGAAAUACACAUGCGGAGAUAAUAAUAAUAAUAAUAAUAAUAUGGCGUUUAGCAGACGCUUUUAUCCAAAGCGACUUACAGUCAUGUGUGCAUACAUUUUCACGUAUGGGUGGUCCCGGGGAUCGAACCCACUACCCUGGCAUUACAAGCGCCAUGCUCUACCAAUUGAGCUACAGAGGACCACACCGCGUGUCACAAAGCCACGGCGGUUGGAACCAAAAAUCUCCAAUUUGGACUCUGGACCAAAGGACAAAUGUCCACCGGUCUAAUGUCCAUUGCUCGUGUUUCUUGGCCCGAGCAAGUCUCUUCUUCUUAUUGGUGUCCUUUAGUAGUCGUUUCUUUGCAGCAAUUCGACCAUGAAGGCCUGAUUCACACAGUCUCCUCUGAACAUUUGAUGUUGAGAUGUGUCUGUUACUUGAACUCGGGGAAGCAUUUAUUUGGGCUGCAAUUUCUGAGGCUGGUAACUCUAAUGAACUUAUCCUCUGCAGCAGAGGUAAUUCUGGGUCUUCCAUUCCUGUGGCGGUCCUCAUGAUAGCCAGUUUCAUCAUAGUGCUUAAUGGUUUUUGCAACUGCACUUGAAGAAACUUUCAAAGUUCUUGAAAUGUUCCGUAUUGACUGACCUUCAUUUCUUAAAGUAAUGAUGGACUGUUGUUUCUCUUUGCUUAUUUGAGCUGUUCUUGCCAUAAUAUGGACUUGGUCUUUUACCAAAUAGGGCUAUCUUCUGUAUACCCCCCUAUCUUGUCACAACACAACUGAUUGGCUCAAACGCAUUAAGAAGGAAAUAAAUUCCACAAAUUAACUUUUAAGAAGGCACACCUGUUAAUUGAAAUGCAUUCCAGGUGACUGGUUGAGAGAAUGCCAAGAGUGUGCGAAGUGGGUGGGACUGAGAUGGAUGGGACUGAGAUGGGGUCAUUAUUUAUCCCCCCACCAUUUAGCAGACGCUCUUAUCCAGAGCGACUUACAGGAGCAAUUAGGGUUAAGUGCCUUGCUUAAGGGCACAUCGAAAGAUUUUUCACCUAGUCGGCUCGGGGAUUAGAACCAGCGACCUUUCGGUUACUGGCACAACGCUCUUACCCUCUAAGCUACCUGCCGCCCUCACCAUCAGACCAUCACACACACACACACACACACACACACACACCCCUCCUCUCCCUGCUGUGAUCCCAUGGAGGCUGAGUGUCAGUGGCAGCAGUCAUUUUCAGGAAGCAGAGGCUGUGUUAGGCAGGCAGCACUACCCCAGCCCACUCCAGCCCUGCCUCAGCCACGUGGCUUUGGGAGGCUGGUAUUAGCUUAUACCGGCCCAGGACAUGGGAAGGACUGGAUCUGUCACAGUGCAUUGGGCUCUCACUGCGCUGGGCCACUGUCGCCCUCCUUUCUCUACCGGUGACACACAAACACACACACACACACAGACACAGAAACACCCACACACACACAGGCCUUCAUUAAUGGGUCCUGCCUUGACAACUGAUCCUAAUUGGCUAUGAACAACUCUUCAUGUAUUAUUGGUGUCUGACUGCCUUGGUUCAUGUAAACAAGCCGCGGAAAGGAGGGACAGGAUAGCAACCACCAUCGCAGGCACACACGUACACCACACUCACACACACACACACUGUAUGAACACAGGCAUAGGCCUCCACACGCGCACACACAGACUCUAGCCACAUGCCCCAGUGCAGUGACCUUUACACACCCAGCCAGUCACUGGAGAUCAGAGAUGCUUUCUCUUCUGUAGUGGGUGGCCUCUUUCCCACUCCCCUGGUAUAGUCAGUGAAACCAUGUCGCUAGUGUUUGUUAUUGGCUUAGAGAAGUGAACACAAUUACUGAUCUUUAUUUCUAUCUCCUUAUAAACUCAAUUGAAUUGAAUGGACCUUUCAGUGGAUGAAUAUUAGGGGAAAACCAAAUGAAUACAAAUAUUUCACUGUCAGGACUCAGGAUGUAUGGAUGUGAUUUGACAGAUUAAUUGAAGGGCUUUAAUGUCUGUAGGAGUGAGUGAAUAAGCGACAUGCAGAAGUGUGUGUGAGAGAGAGAGAGAGUCUGUUUACUCUUAGCUUUGUCACUGUUGAUCAGUCUAAAGGAGGAGAUUAAGGAAUAGACCAGCCAUGUCACAAAAUAUAUUUGAUUAGUGCCACGUAACAAUGUCAAAGCCAGAGAUGCAUAUUAAAACCCUCAAUCCAUUUUACCAUCCAAUCACAAACACUAUGUCAAUAUAUGUUCCAAAUAUUGUUUUUCUUUGGUAUGAAAUUUCACCAGAAAAUUGUCCCCUUUUUUAACAUUGUAAAAUGGGAGUGGCUCUGUUUUAUUGUGCGGUAUAAAUAACAGAAUACUAAAGGCAUACAGAAAAACAAUAAACGGCCAGUGCUGUCCAGUCCCAUCACUGUCUGAGGAAUGGGAGAUGUAUGACCAUUCUAUUACUAUGGUAACUAGCCACUAUAUUCAGUGAUGCCCGGGUGUGUUUUUCCCCCCUGCAGUGUCGAGUGGGCAUUGCUGACAGGAUUGGAGUGAGAGCACACACACACACACACACACACACACACACACACAUACACAGAGAGAGAGAGAGAGAGAGAGACAGACAGACAGACAGACAGACAGACAGACAGACAGACAGACAGACAGACAGACAGACAGACAGACAGACAGACAGACAGACAGACAGACAGACAGACGAAAAAAAUGCUCCUUCUGAAGUAUAGAGGUUGGUAAACACAGACAGGAGCACACUCACUACAAGGUGGGUGCCUACAUACAGUAUAGUAGCUAUAUGGUUAUACUGAAUAGAGAUGGUGCUGACAGAGAGUUAAAGGGAUACAUCAUGCAUAAACAGAAAGAGCACAGUAGUAAUGUGCCUUAGUAACAAGAAUCAUCACCUUGAGGUUAAUAUACUGCUUAGUGUGGGAGUUCAAGUGAGUUCAAGAAUGCUACUACUGACUUUACACCACUGUUUUAUGAACUGUGUAUUUUGGUGGUAUUGGUUAUUUUUAGACUUUCUAUGACUGCGUUGCUGCUAUAUUUAAUUCUGUAUUCCUACUAUAUUCAAAGUGACAGUAAGUGCUUCCGGUGAAAAAUGAUUGUUAGGUUGUCGUCAUCGUACGACAGUGGAUGAGCAUCGCAGUUUUGUCUUCAUUUAUUAAGGUGAUGUUAUUUUUUAAAUAGCAUUCAAAUGGAUGGCUCAGGGAAAGGUUAGUAUUUAUGUCCCUUUACUUCUGGACACUCACCUUUUCAUUAAUUUCACGUUGAGGUGGUGGGUAAGGUACGAAGGCACGGUACGUUUUUACCUGGGUCAUUUAAUUUUCAACAGCCAUUGCCAUUUAAGUACACUUUACAGAGGGAAAAGUGAUGUGGAUGAAUUAUAGACAAUUUCCUGUUUUAAGCAAGCGCUGCAUUACUUUGGACAUAUAACCAUGUUCGUCUAUUUCCAGAUGUAUUAUUGAUAUGGUUGGAUUUAUUAUGUAAGUAUCUGUCAGAUGCUAUGAAUGUUAGUGAGGCUACAGGACAUUUUGGGCUUUUAGGGGGAAAGAGAAAAAGUAAAAAUAUAGUGUUUUACAUUUUGUAAUUUACACCCAUUUUUAUACAGUAAUUGUUUGAUUUUAAAGUAAAAACUUGGUAAUUAAAUGUUUUCUUCUAUACAUUAUCAACAGCUUGAAUUUCAAAAUAACUAGCAUUUUAUAGACUAAAUAAUAUAGCUAGUGGAUACAGUAUCUAUUCAAUUAAAUCUAUUCUAUAAAGCCAAGAAGUAUAGAGGAACAAGUUUGACACUAUUUUCCAAAUAUGAACCAAAAUUGAGCUGAACCAUUUAAUCAGAUCCUGAAGUUGUAACUGCAAGAAAUAUUGAUACAGAGCAUUUUGAACAACAUAAAAACCAUCCAAAUCUUUUCCAGAUUCUUUUUUUCCUUUUUAACUGACAAAUUCCAUUGACCUUAAUCCACCUUUCCUUGACUUGUAUGGGAUUUCCUUUUUAUCUGUGAAAACAUUUUGUUGUUGUCCAUAACACAUCUGAGAAGAGGUAGAAUAUAUCUGGCCAUACACACUGUAUAAAGUGUAGGCCUACUGUAUGUACUGCGUUGAGAAUGCUUAGCCACAUUCCCCUACGACCACAGCCUUUUCCAUGCAGUCAUACUGCCAUCUCUUGAAAGGAAAGGGAACUACCACUACCAAUCCUCACUGGGACAUUCUCUCUGCCUCUCUCUGUUGGUCUUUUGUUCCUCUUGCCUGUAUUUGUAUAGAUGUGUACUGUACUGCAGGUUGUCCACUCGCUUUAAGUAGAGGUCCUUUAGUGUAACCUUGGUGUGUCUGUCCGAGUGGCUGGACCCUAUCUGCUACUGUAUAUGAUGGCUGGACAAGGCGAUGCAGUAGGACUGGCCUCUCUGCCUCUUCAGACCAGCGCCUUUACCAAUGUGACAACCUGACGUGUCAUCACUAGUCAUGGGGGAGACAGAGCGGACAUCACCCCCCCUACACACACACACAUACACACACACACACACACACACACACACACAACAACAACAACAACACACAUAAAUGACAUACAUAGAACUGACUGAUAUUUUUCCAAAUAAAACCAGCCAAGAGAUAGGGUUUACAUUUGUUUUGAGAUUUUCCAGAUAUAA